AUGGCCGAGGAUGCCGCGCCAUCGUCCUCGGCCGCGCCCUCGGGGCCGCUCUGCCCCUUCCUGUUCAAGAAGUCCGGCCGCGGACCGCCGGCUGGCCGCCGCCAGAGACGCGGGGCCGGGCCGGAGCGGCCCGACGGCGGCGGGAGCAGCAGCGACGGCAGCGGUGACGAGGACCCGGCCGUGGUCCGCCCUGACAGGAAGCGGGCCGCCCCCAACCCCAUGAUCCAGAAGACCCGCGGGGCCCGCGACGGCCAGGCGUCGGCCGCCGGCGGCGACGACGAGGCUCGCGCUGCGGCCCUGGGCGUGCUCUACCCGUCCAGCCGCUCGGCCAAGCCGGCCGGGCCCGAGGACAUGGGCGCCACGGCCGGCUACGAGGCGGAUGCGGCCCGGGGCCCACGGCCAGCGGCCAAGGGACGCCAGGGGCCCCAGCGCGCGCCCGAGCACCUGCGCGCCACUGUGCGCUGGGACUACCAGCCCGACGUGUGCAAGGACUACAAGGAGACCGGCUUCUGCGGCUUCGGCGACAGCUGCAAGUUCCUGCACGACCGCGCCGAUUACAAGCACGGCUGGCAGAUCGAGCGCGAGCUGCGCGACGGCCGCUAUGGCGCCGAUGACGUCCGCGGGGCCUACGAGCUGGGCCCCGACGGCGGCCCCGCGCCCGCCGCCUGCCGCAUCUGCCGCCAGCCCUUCCGCAGCCCCGUGGUGACCCGCUGCGGGCACUACUUCUGCCGGGCCUGCGCCCUGCGCCACUUCCGCGCCUCCCCGCGCUGCUUCGAGUGCCACCGCCGCACCCACGGCGUCUUCAACCCGGCCCGGGGGCGCGCCCCGGCCCCCACCGACGCCACCACCCCCAGCGCCUAG